AUGAGCGAUAUCAAAAAUGAUCACGAAUAUGAUAAUGUUAAUCACUCAACAGGAUACUAUGACGAUUUGAAUUAUAUUACCGAAGAAUACUACGUGGAAAUCGUCACAUCAACAUGUCAUCUAUCUUUAACAGAUGUAAGUACAUCUAAUGGUGGUUUUGACUUAAGUAAUAGCUUAGAUAAAUUUGGUAUAAAUACACCAUUGAAAUAUUUAAAACCUGAUCCAACAUCAUCAUGUUUAGAAAAUGUAAAUGAUAUUUCAAAAGGACACUUGACUAGACAUCUGCAUCACCAUGUUGGGGUUGAUAUAAUUGCACCAUUGGGCAAUUUUAAAUUGGAUCCAAACGCAGCAUGUUUAGAAAAUGUAAGUGAUAUUACAAAAGAAAACUUGACUAUUACUGCUACGUCUACACUUGAAUUUGCGUCAACGGGUGUAAGUUACUCUAUUGAUGGAAUUAACUUAAAUGCUACGUUAGAUAGAGUUGACAUAAAUACACAAUUGGGAAAUUUUAAACUUGAUCCAACAGCUUCAUGCUUAGAAGAUGUAAAUAAUAUUGCAAAGGGAUACUUGAUUGAUUAUGUUAAGCCUACACUUGAUCUCUCGUCACCAGAUGUAAGUUAUUCUAUUGGUGGGGUUGAUAUAAAUGCUGGAUUACAUGGAAUUGAUAUAAAUACACCAUUGGGAAAUAUUAAAAUCGAUCCAACAGCAUCAUAUUUAGAAAAUGUCAAUAAUAUUGCAAAAGGAUACUUGACUGAUGCCGUUACGUCUGUACUCGGCCCAUCGUUACUAAAUGAAAGUUAUUCUAUUGGUGGAGUUGACUUAAAUGCUGGAUUAGAUGGAGUCGGUAUAGAUACACCAUUGGGGAAUAUUAAAAUCGAUCCAACAGCAUCAUGUACUGAAAAUAUAACAAAUGCUGUAACAGGACUCUUGGCUGAUAGUGUUAAUCAAGAAAUUGAUCAACUUUGUUCUGGUUUCAAUAAUACCGCACGUAUACAGACAGAUGGCUCAGUUUAUUCUGAUGGUACAACUUCUCUUUUAGCAUGCCAAGUUAAUGCUGGUGCAACCAUUGAAAGAGAUGGCCUUAAAGCGAAUGCUCAAGCAGAUGGAUCUCUUUCUAAACACAAAUUAGGAGAUGCUGAUAUUAGCGUUGGUCACGGACAAGCUUAUGCGAAAGCAUCCGUAGGAGCUGAUGGAGUAAAGGUUGUGGCUGGUGGAGAAAUAAAUGCUGUGACUUUAGAGCAUAAAAAUGUUCAAGCAAAAAUUGGAUUGAGUGCUAAAACUGGGGUUGAAGUAUCCACAACGAAUAUUAGUGGAACUGUUCUUGGACUUGGACUGAAUGUUGGGACAGACGGGGUUGGUAUAAGUACACCUAUUGGAAGUAUAAACUCAAAAUUUUGGUAA